AUGGGACGUGAGGAGCAUGGAAGGGACUUGGCGCAUGGACGCAGCUCAACUGGAUACGCAAAGGAAGAAGGAGGAAGCCAUCUUGAAGACCAGCUCGACCAUCUACUCGACCGGCCAAGCUUCAACUCGAUCGAGCUGAGAAGUCAAACCUCCACCUUGGGAAAGGGUUGGCUAGGCAUUGAGAAGCCCAAUAUCAAGAGAAGCCUUGAUACAAGGAGUUUUAAGAGCAGAUCGAUUAAGUGUAGCUUCCCUGUUGCAAAACCCUGUCUUGAACCCUAA